UUCGCGUGACGUCACCCGACACCAACGCCAUGGCGGGCGCAUGCUGAGAGAAUGCGGGAGCAGAGUGUGUGUGCAGCGGUUAGACACGCUGGGAGGGUCCACUGGUUUUUGGGCAGCACGCAGAUGACCUGAGACUAAUGUCUGAGCUCGCAAAAUAACCUCGAAAUGGAGUGUCACGGUGGCAGAGCCGCGGAGAGAGCGCAGUCACGCGCCGGAAACCCGCUCGAGCCAUCGCGCGCCGCGAAUGCGCUGAGCCAAGAUGGCGAACCGAGAUCCGACUGUGAGGAAGAAUCAGCGACGGAAUUUCGGGACGCGCCGAGAGUCAAAGCCGCAGACACGAAACGCCACGCUUCCUCUGUCGUGGCUAACAGAUUAGCCGAGGAACCGCAACGGCUCAACUUUCAGAUACCGAGGAGGAACAAAGAAAAGAGAGCUCUGUUCCAGUACUUGUCCUCAGAGUCCAGAGAGUUUGCAGAAAUCCUCAACAUAAUCACCUCUAGCUACAAGGAUCCUGCCUCACAAGCGAACUUUGUGUACACCAAACCUCGCCUCGUCCACAACGAGCCUCUGGAGAAAGAAUUCGUUGAGAAGAGGAAAGAGCUGAAGCAGGAUGGACGCACUGAAAAAGAACUGGCCGAGUCCUUUUGUUUCCUGUUUUCUGACAAGGUCCCUUUGAUUUGUGAAAAAGGUUUAUCAGUCGGCAACAGCUGGAUGAGCCUUUUGGGACAUUCCACUAAAGGCGUUUACUUGUGUCAGUUCUCCGACUUGCUACAAGCCAGUCCCUAUGAGCCUGGCUUCACCGGAGAGAUGAUCAUCUUUAAAGUGAUAAAGGGUAAAGUAAAGAGCAUACAUGAUAACAUGUUAAGAGGUUUGGACCCAACACCCAAAUUUGACAGCCAUUUCUCUAAGAACGCCAACAAGGUGACGGCCCUGAUGUCUUACAAGGCAUUCGAGUAUACUCAGCAAUAUUUCUAUGAGUAUGUGGAUUUUGAGCCUGCGUCCAGACCAAGGCAUGUGUGUCCAUAUGCUGUCGUUUCUUUUCAGUUCAAAGCAAAGGAGGCUAUAACAGCGGGCCCUAAAGCCUCGCCUCUGCAGAGGUCCAACAGCCUGCCAUCAGGAACAGGUAGAGAAAGACGUGGCUACACUGUUUGGAAAGGACAAUUUGUGAACGGAGGAAAGGAAGUGUAUCAAGCAAGCCUUCAUUCCAUUUCGCAACCUUUUCUACCUUUCAAGAUACCAGACAGGCUGGAGAUGGGUAAAGUCAUGAGACUGGACCAAGUAAAGCAGUUAAUUCCAUCUUCACUUUUCUCCUGGGAUCUUUACUCCGGCAGCCACGAAGUGUUCAAGAGCGGGAUGUACUGCAGUCUGUUUGAGGUCGUGGCAGAGAAAAACAAAUCAGGAGAGGACCUGGCCGAGUUGUUUCAGGAGCUUGAAAAAAAGGCACUGGUAUUGAUGAACAUGGUGAACGACAAAGGUUUUCUGUUCCUUCUGUCUUCAGGCCAAAUGUUCAACUCAAGUGAACGCAGAGCAGGCUGGAAAACAUCUUCUCAAGCUCUUUUCAUCUAUCACCAUGCACAGGAUGUGUCGAAGUUCUCACCUGAGCUCCAAGCUGCCUGCACAUCCUUGACCCCGGGGCCCCAGGACCCUGUAAUGCUACACCUGAAUAGCUUCAUCCCAGCGUACCACUACGCUCUCAGCAAAGUGCGAUGUAACCCUCCGGAAAACUUGAGCGCCGGCGUGGAGCAGCAGGCCCACGAAUACCUCAACAGCCUCCAGGAAUCCAAACCCAUCCAGCGAGUCCGACUCGACUAUGACAUCAAACUGGACGACAGGGAGAAGCUCUUUCCUGCUCCGAGGCAGAGAUUCAACUGGGAAGGCUACAUUCAUUCCUACUUUUACAGCCCCAGUCUGUACACGAUGCCUGUUGAAAAAGCUAAGAACAUGGUGGAGAUGUACAGAUGCGCUUCCGGGUCUAGAACCGACCCAGAGACCGCAGACGCUGCCAAGGCUCCUAGCGACCCAGAGGGAAUGAACGAGAUUUUAAAGCUCAUUCAGAUGAAUAAAAUGAAUGAAGCCAAACAGAAAGACGUGCCAGUGAAUACUUAUGGUUUAAAGAGGAAGUUGGAGGAAGAAGCGCAGAACAUAAGUGCAAAGUGUUCGAGGAUGGCCACACCCAGCAACGGAGAAGCUGAAGAAAGUCAAGCUGAGAAACCCUGUCAGUCUCUGGCUGACGUGCUGACCAGCAUUGGCCUUCAAGACACAGACCUCAGGAAGGACAAGACUCAGGAGGCACUGAAGGUUGUGGAGUUACUGGACAAGCUCAACAAAACCUCUCAGGAUACAGACCUGAGGAAGGACAAUGCUCCGGUAGCACUGGUUACAAUGCUGGACAAACUAACCAAAACCAUAUGCAACACAUUUUUGACUAACGCUGAUGGAGAACUGGUAAAGAGCAGUGAAGACACUGAGAAGACUCUACAGGACAGCAUGACCAGCCUGGGCCUCCCCACUAACUGUGACACCGACCUUCGGAAACGAUUCACGGAUGAAGACGAUCGAGAGGCACAAAGAAAAAACGAUCUUGAGGAAGAAACUGCUGGUAGCUUGAGCAGCCUGGAGGCUUUCAGUCCAUGCUCCGAUAGCAAUGGACAACAACGUGGUGACAACAUACCUGGAGAGAGGUCAAUCCCCUGGGUGCUUAUUCCCAUAACAGGUCUGAAGAUUGAGAGAUACAGCCAUAGAAGGAACAGAAAUUUUGAGGAUCCCCGUUUCAUCCAAAGCCCCACAGUGUCUACUCGCACCAGCCCGGAGAAACAGGAUGUCACGCCUCCUGAUCAGCCUGACAGCAGUAACGUGGAGGCCGAACCUGAGAUCAGCUCCGUGGAGGACCGGGACAUGGACGUCUCGGACGAGCUGAAAGUCUCUGAUAGUCGAGAGCAGAAAGGCACUCUGUUCAGCGGCGUCGACUGCAUAGUCGACGCACAAAUCUCUGGCUUCUCUGCUGAGGUCGAGGAUCUUCUGCGAGAGGAAUGUGCGUACUGCACGCCCAGUUCUAGCUCUCAAACCCCGGGAAAUCCACCACAGACUUCCAUUGUACCUUUCUCCGAGUACGUCUCGCAUUUUAACACGCCCUUUCCCGUGCACAGCUAUAUUAACUCGUUCAGAGAAGGCGUAAGCGCUUUCUUAGAUCCCCGGAAGAAUAGACGGGAUAUCGUGGCACUCGUUUCUUCUUCAGUUCCUGAAGUUCUUCCUGUCUCUUCUUCUUCUUCUCUCAUUAACGCACCUGCUCAGUCUCCCAGCUCUGUCGCUGCAGCGAAACCUGCGUUUACCUUUAAUUCUCCGACCCCCAAAGAGGACCAGCAGCAACACUUUCAUGACAUGCAAAUGAUCAACGGGUUAACGCAGGCAGAACAGAGCGCAGUGACGCGUGAAAGGCUUGAAGCCCAUCAAGGCGAGACUUCGAUCGGAUCUGUUGGCAGUCGGGUGAUCUCGGAUGCAGGAGAAAGCAUUACCGAUAGCGGCGUGACAAACAACCACACGGCUACGUCUAUAGAACCGGCUCCAGCUGCCAUCAGCAACCUUAUUAGUCAGCUCCAACCUGAGGUGAUCAACAACCUAGUGAAGAUCAUGAAGGAUGUGCAAAAGAAUACCGUCCACUUCUACAUCCAUUGCGUGGAUGAGGAGAGUGACGUGUGCUGGGAAAUAAAGGACUAUUUAACGAGGCUCGGCAACCCAGAGUGCGAUCCUCAGACCUUUCUUGAGAAAAAGGACAGUCAAGACAAACUCCUGAUCGUCAUCCAAAAUAUAGACAUCGCUGCCCACAUCCAUAAGAUUCCUGCAUUAGUGUCUCUAAAAAAGCUGCGAUCAGUAAACUUCGCUGGAGUAGACAGUCUCGAUGACAUCAAGAAUCACACCUACAACGAACUGUUCGUUUCUGGCGGCUUCAUCGUCUCUGAUGAAUUUGUCCUUAAUCCUGACUUCAUCACACAGGAGAGACUUCAGGCUCUUCUUCACUAUCUCGAGGAGCUUAACACACCUGAGAGUCCGUGGAGAUGGCGGGUGCACUGUAAAACUCACAAAAAGGUCAAAGUGCAAAGCAGGUAUAAAAGCGAAGCCCUGAACGUACUGAAACUCAUGACGACCUACCACAAGAAACAAAUAGUCGAGUUUCUGUCCUAUCACGAAUGCGAUACUCCGUCGCACCAAGCACCUGACCUGGACUGUCUGGUGAAGCUUCAGGCUCAGAACACCCGCCAGCGUCAUGUAAUAUAUCUCACAGAGCGUCGCUUUGAGAUGUUUCCACAUUAUUCUAACAGUGGCAUUGUUAUUGCAAACAUCGAUGACAUCCUGUAUAAUAUGGCCAGUCUGAUCGGUGAAACAGGUGACAAACCAGCAUCGUCAGAUCUGCAUUCCUGUCCCACUUCCCCAGUAUUGAGGGAGGAGGACAUGGGACUAUGCUAUGAAAUUCACACCCGAGACAUGACAUCUGCCCAUGAUGAAAGACCCUCUGUCUGUACAGACCUACAUCCUCGUCCUCCGACUGAUCCGGACCUCGGUGUAUCCGACUAUUCAGUAAGAGACAAAGCGACGAUAGUUACUUUACCCUCACCAACCCCUGGGAUGCCAAGCGAAUUAGAUUUUGAAGCUCUGAGAGACGUAAUUUCCCAUUUCAGAAACGCCCGAAGGCAAGCGAGUUCCCACAAAGGCGAGACGUCACCGGGAUCUUUCGGUAUCCAUCCUCAUGAAAGCGACGAGCCUUCAUCUGUUCCUCAGGGCUCCCUGGAUGAUGGCAGUCUUUCAAAUCAGUCUGCUUCCUCAUUUCAAGCUUCUCAAGGAGUUGCUGCCUCACAGGCUUCGCGUCAAAUUGAGGAAGUUGGGCAAAGAGAGCAAAUCCGUGCAGAAACGGUGUCCGCUUCAGAACAUGCCAUGGCUGAGCCCGCUUCUGUAGUCAUGAAGACCAGCGGCGGUACACGUAGCGACGUAGAACCUACCUGGAAUCGCACAACUGACACCGGCAUCACUGCUGAACCUCCGAUAAAUCCGACCAUCAGUGGUACCGAGACUGGCUCGAAUCAGGAGAAGGAGGCUUCGGAACAGGGAACUACAAAAAACCCGACACCCAGCUCAAGUAGCACCAAGUCUGCCGACAAUACUGUGACUAGCAGGAACGACGCCACCCGAGGUGGUAAACGGCCAGUGCCUGGACGGUCAUCGUACGGGAUGAACACGUUAGUCACAAUGGACAGGAUGAUGCAUCGUGGCGGUUUGUGGCCUGCUGUUCGAGCUUCUCAGAACAACACUAUGGGACUCAGAUCCCAGAUACUCAACAACUCAGUGUCCAACACGUUCACACAUUCAGGCCUGAGAAGCCUUUUACCCAACAGUAAUAUGGCCUGGAACAAUUUGACACAAGGGACAAUGGCAAACAUGUUAGGAAUUCAGCCAGGUGUAGUUCACCGGACUCAGUUUAUCCAGAGCUACACCUGGCCUGGGAAUCCGUUCCAUGGCAGUGGACAUCCUCCCCCUAGGGGGGGCUAUGGCAGCUGGUAAGCCAACACUGCCUGUAAAUGGUUAUAUUUUGAAACUUUUUUUUUUUUUUUAACUGUCUUUCUCUGAUUGAAAAAGCAAAAUACCAUUUACUACUGGAUGUGUAAGUCCUUGUAUUAUUUCACAUUUUGUACAGACUGAUAUUUGUAUUUAAACAUUUUGUUGAAUUGUCUGGUUUAUGUUUCUUUUUGGAAAACACUUCAGGCAAUUAUGGCCUUGCUUUUAAUGUUAAAAAAUUUUUUUUUUUAAAGACAAAAAAAGAAGUGCAUUAAAGCAAUCAUAGCACCUGAUUGUUAAUGAUGGUGCUGGCUCUCCACAGUUUGAUCUGGAGUUUAAAAUGUUCUCCCUGUGUCUCUGAGUGGGUUUCCUCCAUCAUCCCAAGAACAUGCUGUUGAUUAGUUACCCUAAGAUUUAAACUCCCAUCCGGGCUGCUUUCCAGCAAGAUUUCCCUGGGAUAGUCUCUGGAUCUACUGUGCCCCCUUACUGAAAAUGGACGAAUAAGUAGAAUUUGGGGAAAGACCAUACUGAGUUAAAGUAAUACACUGCUUCAUAAAAGGGCUGGAACUUGUUUUAAACUCAGCAAAAGGUGGCAGUUUUAGUAGUGUGUCAUUUAAAUUACUGUAUAUAUUUUUAAAUAAACUACUACUUGUGUUGUA